AUGCUCAAGCAGGUCAACAAUAACAACAACAAUACCUCACUCACCCAAGCAUCAACAAGAGCAUCUCAUUCCGACAGUGGCAGUGACAAGGACGACAUUAUUCCCCAGGACUUGUCUGAUCUCUCUCCCACCCUGAGCUACAAAUCACUCCACCACCCGUCCACAACAGCCAGCAGUGACGACUCAAGUUCAGAAGGAACAGAACCAACUCUGUUGACAACCACUACAACCACUACCACUACCACUACCACUACAACCACUACCACAACGACAGCAGCGGCAGCAGGAUAUAUGGCACCAAAGGCAGCAACUUCCUCUGCAGGGGGAUCAUCAACAUCAUCAUCGUCACCAGCAUCCACGAUACGCUCAAGUCAAGGCCCAACAACAGCAACAACAGCAGCAGGAGCAGUGGUGGAGUCGUCGUUGUCAACAACAACGACAACAUCAACAACGACAACGUCGUCUCCCUCGUUCGGUCUGGUUGUGGACGGACCUUACUUGUUUGUGUUCGACGUGGCGCUGUCGCUCUACUACCCGAUUCGGGCGUUGAUUCUGUUUGUACUCGGCUUUGUGUUCUCGUUGGUCAUUGACCACCUCCAGACUCAGCACAAGCUCGUGCAGUAUCCCAGCAACAUGUCCCAGCUCUGGGACACUGCCUCGUGGCUGCCUCCGACCUGCGGAGCCUCAGCCGUGCUCAUCGGCACCAUUUAUCCGCUCGGCGAUUAUCUCUGGUGGGGCAAGCGCGUCCAGCCCAACGGCCGAGACUGGUCCAGCGUUAUGAGGUGCAUGGGUGGGUUCAUUGGGGUUAAUUAUGCAGCGUCCAAGCUGCCGUGGACAAGUAGCGUGCAGGUCUCUUGCACACUGGCCCUGAUCUCGGCUGCGCUCUGGUUCUUGUUUGACCGUACCUUCCACGGAUUCAUGAUUUCGUUGACCGUGGCCUCGAUGGGAACGACGGUUGCCUACUUUUUAGUCCUCAAUGGAUGGUAUAGCCGGAAGGUUUGA